CCCCACUGUUGAGAUACUAUACACCACCAAUUCAGCGUCAAACUCCCCGCAGCAACGGGGGUGCGCAAAGAUGGAGUCGAUAUCGAAGAUUUCCAGCAUGCUGGAAACGGCUCGCGACUUGACUCUGGAAGCUGCACAGUCUGCGGGCUCCGCUCGAGCAUUCAAGACGAAUACUCCAUUAAGGAAGAUACCGCCUCUCCAGCUGAAGAAGUUAUUGGAUAGCCGGAAUGAUCGGGAUGUCCUGGAGGGUUUGCGCAAGGUCAUCUCUAUGAUGUACCGCUCGCAGCCUUGUCUCACGUACUUCUCCGCGGUCAUCAAAAAUGUUGCCAGUGCAAAUGUCGAGAUCAAGAAGCUCGUGUACAUCUAUCUUCUCCAAUAUGCCGAGACCGAACCCGACCUUGCUCUUCUUUCCAUCAACACUAUUCAAAAGUCGCUCUCGGAUAAAGACCCUCAGUUGCGUGCUCUGGCACUCAUGGUCAUGUCUGGAAUCAGGGUCCCCGUCAUCAGCCAGAUUGUCUCGCUCGGUAUCAAAAAGGGAUGCGGAGACAUGAAUAUUCAUGUGCGGCGUGCGGCGGCCCUCGCAAUUCCGAAAUGCUACCGCCUCGACCCUAAUACGUUGCCGCAACUCAUUGAAUACCUAAACAUUCUGCUUGGAGAUAAACAAUACUAUGUGGCGGGUGCAGCAGUCAUGGCAUUCAUGGAUGUUUGCCCGCAUCGAAUCGAUUUGAUCCAUAAGCAUUACCGCGGCCUAAUCCGAAAGCUCGUCGACAUGGACGAAUGGUCCCAACUCGCCACUCUCCGGUUGAUGGUCUACUAUGCACGGAAAUGCUUCCCUAGGAGAAAGCGCAAGGUUAAGAAGAAUGCGGCAAAAGACUUUUACGGGGACGAAGUCGGCGACGACAAUGACGAGACUGAGGAAAUCCAGGUGCUCGACUCGGAUCUCGAGCUCCUUCUUAACGCGUGCAAGUCCUUGCUACAGAGUCAUAAUUCGGCCGUGGUUAUUGCUGUUGCACGCUGCUACUUCUACCUCGCUCCACCGGAAUACAUCGAUGCGGCCGUCGGUCCACUCAUAUCGCUUCUUCGAGGUUCUCAGGACAUCAAACAUAUUGCACUCUACAACAUCGUCUCCAUCUGCCUCGUCAGGCCCAAUCCGUUUGUCCGAUACGUAACUCACUUCUUAAUCCACGCAACCGAUCCUCCUCACGUAUGGCGACUCAAGCUCGAAAUCCUAACAAUACUCUUUCCCCACUGCAAUGCUCUUUUCAAGGGAAUGAUUUUGAGCGAACUUGAGCAUUUUUCCCGCGGCUCAGAUAGAGAACUCGUCCGAGAAAGCGUUCGUUCAAUCGGUCGCUGCGCACAAAAUGACUCCGCCACUUCUCAACGGUGUCUCAGGUUGCUUCUCAAGCAAGUCUCGAGCACAGACGGCAAUCUCGUGGCCGAAUCGCUCACUGUCAUCCGCCAUCUCAUCCAGCAGGACCCUGCAUCGCACAUCAAGACAGUCAUUCGUCUUGCGAAGAAUCUUGACACAACCACAAACGCCCAUGCGCGAGCCAGUAUCAUCUGGCUGGUGGGUGAGUUUGCCGGGAUCGACCCGGAAAAUAACAUUGCUGCUGAUGUCCUGCGCAUUCUGGCAAAGGGUUUCGUCCAUGAACCUGAAGCGGCUAAGCUUCAGAUUGUACUUCUCGCCGCCAAAGUCUACGUUCAUCAUUUAAACCGGCUAGGUGGAACCAUUCAACCACCACUGGCUCCCUCUCAGCUAUCUGACGCUAACAAUGACGGCAACACACUCCCGCUUGGUGACGACAAAGAAACCGACGCCGAAGGACAGACUGUUGACGUUAAUCCAUAUCUAUAUGACAGUGUAGCACGAGCCUCGCUGCCACAAAACGAGGGCGACGGUGAGCAUCCCAUCAUUAUCCUUUGGCGGUAUAUUCUCCUUCUUGCGCGGUACGACACUUCAUAUGACAUCCGUGAUCGUGCGCGGCUGUACAAGUCUCUUUUGGCAAACCCCGCCUCGACGCAAUUAGCAAGCCUUCUAUUGCUCGCACCUAAACCUGUUCCGCACGCGCCUAGUCCGUCCGAAUAUCGAAAGGACUUUAUGCUCGGUUCUGCGAGCCUUGCCGUCGGGGAAGAAGGCGGACUUAAUGGGUUGCGGGGAUACGAGCCACCGCCCGACUGGGUUGAAGAUGGGACGCAGCCGGAUGCUGCUCUACGACAGGAAGAUUAUAGGGCCGAGUUUGGAGGCGAAAAGAAGAUUACGACGGCCGGAGAACGACUAGAUGAGGCGGCCAAGACAGCUGCCGCUUCUUCGGGUUCGGCUAUCAAUCCUGGAAUGAAUGGGGUCGGGGUUGGCACCGGCAGACCAUCCAAAGCAAAGACAUUGGAUGACUGGUUAGCAGAAGACGAGGACGAAGGAGAAGAAGAAGAGAGUGGGGAUGAGGAGGAGGAUGAGUCGGAAGAGGGCAGCGAGGAGGAAGAGGGUGAAGAGGACGAAGAGGAAGAGGAAGAGGAAGAAGAAACAGAGAGUGAAGAAGAACAUGAUAGAUUGGUCAAGUAAUGACCACCUAUAUAGUCUUUUUUUCUCUUCUACUUUUCCUAUUAUUCCCCCCUGAGUUUCUUCUUUUUCUUCUUCAACAGAUUAUUGAUCUUGAAUAACAAAAAUUGUGCAUAAUCACGACACUGAAGCCUUUGCAAUGCAUUGCUACGUACUUUACCACGCGUAUUCUCUCGCUACUGCCAGAUGAGCCUGCCUUGGCUGUCAUGCAUGUCGCCCCGGGCAAAAGGGAACCUAUAUAGAAUAUCAAGAGUGUCAAGGUAUACCAAUCAUAAACAUUGAGCCUCGAA